GUGACAGCAGCAGUAGUAGACUCCAGGCGAAACAGAAACGUUGUCAGAGGCAAGCGUCUAAUCUAGACGGGCUGAAAUUCAGUAUUUUUAGACGCAUUUUAAGCCUUCUAAGCUCUUCUUUUGUUUUAACAAUGUCUCCUUUUAAAAAAGAGAGUUUGAGAACCUUGACCACUUCGGUGUUUUUCGGUGCCGUCGUGCUGUGCGUUAGCUUUGUUAGCCAGGGGGAAUGCCAAACAACUCCACCGCCAGCACCCUGCUCUACCUUCAAAAGCUGUGACUCUUGUGUUCCAAAUGCAAAGUGUCUGUGGUGCAUCACCACCAACAACUGCACAAAAUACCCAGUGAGCUGGCUGCUGCCUCCGCCCUCAUUGUGCCAGCUGUCCCAGGCUCGUUGGGGAGUGUGUUGGUUGAACUUUGAAGGCCUGAUCAUUGCCAUGGCCGUCCUGGGUGGAGUCAUCCUAAUCAGCAUUAUUGUCUGCUGCUGCUGCUGCUGUUGCUGCAAGAAACGUAGCUCAAGGCCUGACAGAGAUGAGGAGAGAUAUGCCAGGAAGAGAGAUGAGAUCAAACAGCGAGCUGAAGAACGGAACGUGGAGAGAAAGGCAAGGCACGAUCAGAUCCGCAAGAAGUAUGGUCUGAUGAGUGACUCGGACCACCCGUACAGCAAGUUUGAGAACGAGUAGAGCAGCUGCACUGGACCGGCUCCAUCCGCAGCAUGUGGAGCUGGACUUUGGUUUUAGCUUGAGUGACGCACAUUUCUCACAUACUCUGAGACCAACUCUGCUGAGGGCCCUCUACACAGAGAGCCACCUCAGGCACAAAUCACCAUCUUACUCUUUUCAAACAAUAACAAACCUGAUAGAAGUGUUGAUUCUAGCUCAGGAUGCAACGACAUAUUUUCUCUUCUGAAAUUUACUCAUGAGUUUUCUCUUUUUUUUUAAACAUUGUAGUUUAAUAUCAGUCUUUGCACUUUGUAUAUACAGUAUUGAUUAAUGAAAUACGAAUAAUGAUUGUACUGCAGAUUUGAUCUGACACAAUAAAGUCCUUCUCUUU